AUGAGCGUGGAGGUUGUGUACGUUCAGGUGGUUCGUCGGAACUUGGGGAUCACUUUAAUUGUCUUCUAUGAAAGUACCGGGCUUUUCAAUCCGAUUUCGACAUUCUUACGACUUUUGUUGCCAGGGUUGCGACGUUCUCGGCGGAUUGUCAAGUCAUUCGCUUAA